CUUCCCACAUCACCAAACAACAUCACCAACCCAAACCGUCACAAUGGGUCCCAAAGCCGCCGGAGACAAGGGCAAGAAGCGCAGCGCCAUCGAGGACGUUGUCGCCCGCGAAUACACCAUCCACCUUCACAAGAGAGUACGUUCAGUUUGAUGAAGUCCAACGAAUGGCUGGAGUCUUGGCUCUCGAGGUCUCAUGCUUCAUACAUCCGGAUGGAUGCACACAUACCUAUACACAUGGCCAUUCGGCAGUGUUUGUGGAUCGUGUGACGAUGAUGAAGCCUUCAAGAAGCGAGCUCCUCGUGCCAUCAAGGAGAUCCGCGCUUUUGCUGAGAAGGCCAUGGGUACCUCCGACGUCCGCCUCGACCCUCAGUUGAACAAGAAGGUCUGGGAGUCUGGUAUCAAGGGUGUCCCAUUCCGUCUCCGCGUCCGCAUCUCACGAAAGCGUAACGACGAGGAGAGCGCCAAGGAGAAGCUGUACUCUUACGUCCAGGCCGUCAACGUCAAGAACCCCAAGGGUCUCCAGACCGCUGUCGUCGAGGAUGCCGCAUAAACGUGUGGUUGUCUGAGGACGAAUUGGGAAAAAGAAAAAGGGCAUUCAAGCGGGCGUUCAUGUGUUCUGGGAGACAUUUGCUUGUCGUUGAUACCGGUGCAAACGGCUUCCUUUUUAUUACGAGAUGAUCAUUCCGGAUGUCAUAUCGCCCUUGAGGGCCAGUGGCAAGCCGCUGCCGCUUCCAGUCGAGACGCUGAAAACGCGAUCAUCGGGGGGGAAGAAUAUGAUAUGAUUGAACAAUCAAGUUCUCACAUGAGAAAUCAGAAUCCAUCGACUCUACGAC